CAGGCACUGAGGGGGGGAAUAGAGCGAGCAAAUGCUCCGAGUCAAGCCAUAGAGGAGACGUGUUCAGCGUGGCUAAACCAUGCUCACUGGGUGGGUUAGAGACUCAGCCGGGGACACAAGAUGAAGGUGGAGAGGAAGACAUCUCCACGCCACAGAGCGACAGGCGUUCCUCCGCUGCUGACGUUCCUGGGCCUCUCCCUCCCUCUGCUCUUCACAGGCGGGGUGUCGGGGGUGAACGUGACCAGCCAGGCCCAGCUGGUGAGGGGCGUGGUGGGCAGAGACGCCCUGCUGUCCGUCAGCUACACCAGCACCAGCCUCGACCAGCCCGUCAUCAAGUGGCAGCUGAAGAGGGAAGGGGAGAAGUCGGUGACGGUGGUGCAGUCCAUCGGCACCAGCAUCAUAGGGAACCUGCGGCCCGAGUACCGCGACCGCAUCCUGCUGUACGAGAACGGCUCGCUGCUCAUCCACAACCUGCAGCUGUCGGACGAGGGCGUGUACGAAGUGGAGAUCUCCAUCACCGACGACAGCUUCACCGGGGAGCACUCCAUCGAGCUCACCGUGGACGUUCCCGUGUCCAAACCCUUCGUCCAGAUGAUUGCCUCCUCGGUCCUGGAGUACAGCGAGCACUUCAGCAUCCACUGUGCCCACAACGAAGGCACCAAGCCCAUCUACAGUUGGAUGAAGGGAGAUAACAUCCUGACCAAUGACACGCGUCUGCUGCUAUCACACGACCAAAAGGUGCUGACCAUCGUGCGAGUGCAGAUGGCCGACGAUGACGUCUACACUUGCAUGGUGGACAACCCCAUCAGCAGCACCAAGAGCGUGCCCGUCAGGCUCAGCGUCUACCGACGAAGCUCGCUAUACAUCAUCUUGUCCACCGGGGGCAUCUUCCUGCUCAUCACUCUGGUGACUGUGUGUGCCUGUUGGAAACCCACCAAGAAGAAACGUCGGUCGGCCCCUCAAAGAGUCCCCGUCUAUGAGGAGCCAAGUGAAAAUGGCCACGAUAUUGAUGUUGUGCCCAAACCAUCCACUCUGGGUCGAAGGAGCCCUAUGCCUCUCUACGUUCUCAACGAAGAUGAGACACUGGAGCGGUUAGAAGAAUGUUCCGGUAACUUACACGUCCCACCAGAUAUGAACUGUGCCCCCGUCUACAUCUCCACCCAACCCCCGGCCUUCAACGCCUCCGACAGGCCCCUGUGGUCGGCCCCUCGCAGGUACCCCCGCAGCCCCGCCCACUCCCCCAUGGCCCACCCCCUCCCCAUCAGGCCCCCCGGAUCAAGCCCCGCCCCCCUGAUCCCCAUCCUAUCGCCGCCCCACUCUCCGGGCUCGUCAUCGCUGCACGCCUUCAACCCCAUAAGGAAGCUCCGCUCCCCGGUGGGGGCCUCGGCCGGCCAGCUGGCCCACAGGGGGGCUGGGAGCCCCCUGACCACCGAGGGGGCCCACUCUCCCACCCUGCAGUGA